AUGGCUGAUGGAGUAAGAGGGGAGGGAUAACGGUGCCGUGUAGGACUCCGAGCGCGCGCGCCUAAAAUCAUCCUACUCAUCAUCAUCAUCAGCAUCACCACCAUCCUCAUCCUCAUCAUUAGUCUUAUCCUUCUCACCACCACCACCACCACCAUCAUCAUAUUCAUCAUCACCAGCCUCCGCUCAGUGGACAUCACGUCCUGCUCCGGUCUGAGCUCCAGCGCGCAAAACCCACUUCGUCAUUUCUCCUUCAAGCAGCUUCGAUCACAGCACCCACGAUUUACAAGCAUGUGGAUUUACACGCUCCUGCUUUGCCUUUCUGUCCUGCUUUACUCGGAAAGCAAGAGGCAUGCGCUCCAGGACUACCAGAAGACUGACGGGGUUCGUCUAGUUGCUCCGCCUGACUCCUCCUUCAUGAUGAAAAGCAAGAAGAUGAGCUUGGGGAAGUGCGUGCGUCGCUGCAGCCGCAACCGAAAACUCCCCUUCACCUGCAGAGCUUUCAUCUUUGAUCAAAAUGGCACAAAGUGUCAUUUACUCUCCUUCGACAGCCUCACAGUAGGCGUCCAUGCCGAGACCGACUUCAGCUUUGACCUUUACGAAAAAAAAGACUUCGUAAGAGAGUGCAUCAUCGGCACAGGCCUGAACUACAAAGGGAGGAGAUCAGUGACUGAGAAUGGUGUCGAGUGCCAGAACUGGGAGCUGAACACGCCACAUGAACAUCACUUUUUACCCCGGCGACAUAAGCAGAAGGACCUUCGGGGAAACUUGUGCCGGAACCCAGACAAUAGCACUACAGGACCGUGGUGUUUUACGAAGAACCCCAGCAUACGUUAUCAAAACUGCAACAUUCCCCAGUGCUCGCAAGUGGAAUGUAUGAUGUGUAAUGGAGAAAGCUACCGCGGGCCCAUGGACCACACGGAAAGUGGCAGAGAGUGCCAGCGCUGGGACUUAGAUGAACCUCACAAACAUCUCUUUCAUCCCAAAAGGUAUCCGGAUAAAGGACUUAAGGAUAACUUCUGCAGAAACCCAGAUGGACGCCAGAGACCCUGGUGCUUCACCACCGAUCCCGACACUCCGUGGGAGUACUGCGAUGUCAAACAGUGUGAAUCUGACAGCCACAGUGACGCUGAAACGACUACAGCGUGUUACCGAGGGAAUGGGGAAGGAUAUCGUGGGACAGUGGCAGUCUCUAAGGAUGGAUUGACUUGUCAAGGAUGGGAUGCCCAGUUUCCUCAUUCGCACUCUUUCACACCACAGAAGUAUCGCUGCAAGGACUUGAGGGAGAACUAUUGCAGAAAUCCUGAUGGCCGUGAUGCCCCAUGGUGCUUUACUACUGACCCUAACGUGCCUUGGGUCUUCUGCAGGAGCAUUCCAGUCUGCGAGGAAAUAACACCUGAACCUGACGAGUGUUAUACAGGGAGUGGCGAGAUGUACAAAGGGAGGCAGAUGAAGACUCGCUCAGGCAUCCCCUGUGCACCAUGGAGCGACCAUACCGAGAGCAAAGCACGAAACAUGGUGACCAAGAGCGAUGAACUGGAAGGCAAUUUCUGCAGAAAUCCAGACAAAGACAAGCACGGGCCAUGGUGCUACACCAACAGCUCCCUCGUACCCUGGGAUUACUGCACAGUCAAACGCUGUGAGCAAUUACAGAACAAUCUACCAUAUAAAGCAGCUGAAACCUCGCGCCUCUCCUGUUUUGUUCAUAAGCAAGUGAGGAUAGUGGGUGGUGGCCCUGUACCCAUUAAAGAGGGCAGUUGGAUGGUCAGCAUUCAGAAAGGGGCUGCUCACUCAUGUGGAGGCUCGCUGGUGCGUGAGGAGUGGGUGCUGACGGACAGAGAGUGCUUCUCCUCAUGUGUUCCUGAUCUGUCUGAGUACAGAGUGUGGAUUGGUUCUGCGCAUCUGAACGAGUCUGGAGAGAACAAUUGGAGCAGGCAGGAAAGGAGGAUUGCUCACGUCGUAUGUGGCCCAGAAGGCUCAGGACUCGCCCUGCUACAACUGGCACAGUCUGCUUUCAUCACCGAGCAUGUGCGGAGUAUUCAGCUGCCUGUAGCUGGCUGUAGCAUUGCAGAGGGAACCAUGUGUUCUACGUACGGCUGGGGGGAAACAAAAGGCACAGGACAUGAAGGCACACUAAAGAGUGUUCAGCUGCCCAUUGUUAGCAACGAACGCUGCCAGCAGUUACACAGAGGAACACUACAGAUCACUGAUGCUAAAGUGUGCGCUGGCGGGAAGAGAGAUGAAGGAGUGUGUGAGAAAGACUAUGGAGGCCCACUGGUGUGUCAGGAAAAGGACAGUAAGGUCAUAGUUGGAGUGAGUAUCCAUGGCAGAGGAUGCGCCAGACACAACCGGCCAGGGAUCUUCGUCAAUGUGGCCCAGUAUACAGGAUGGAUACACAAGGUGUUCCGACUAUAUUCAGACUAUAAUAAUUAAAGCUGAGCUUCCUGAGAGGACCUGGAACCUGGAGUAUUCCUGAGGAUCCAAAACAUUGAAGACAAAAUCAAGGUGACCCACAUUAGUGACUUCACAACUUUGCACAUACAUUGAAAGUUGAUGAAAACUAUGUCCAAAAAAUGUGAAAACUGGGACAAGAUCUGAAAAUAGACCCUCGCUAUGUUCUGAUUUCAUGAAACAGUCAGGCUGAUAUGGCUGGAUUUCAUUCAGUUCCAUGUGUGUCGUUGUAAAAAAGAAAAGGUACGAAGACCAGCUGCCUGAAACCCCGCAUCAAGGACAAGCUUUGUAACUCUUUAUAUGGAUUGUGGAAAUUGUUAUAAAUUUGAAAGCGCAAGACCAUAUUUUUUGGGGGGGGCUUUUCAAAAUCUGUGACUCAUUUGUGAAUGCUGUGUAUGCUAGAAUUGUAAAAAGACGAGCAGACAAACUGUCUCUUAGAAAAUGUAUUCAGAUUAUAAGGAAAGAUAAGGAAUCAAGGGAGUGUAGCAACUAAAACCUUGGCCCAGACAAUCCCAUUUUUUUUAUUUUUCUUUCUUUUAUCCAAUACAUGGACAAACCUUUGAUUGUAUAUCUAGGCUCUGAACAUAUCCUGCAGUAUUAUACGAUACAGAAAGUUGUGUAUAGUAUACCUGUAAAAUAUGUGUACAGUUGUGUUGAAGGCUUUUUUAAUUUUGAUUUUUUUUUACUUUUAUGCUCCUGAUAAUACUUGAAUUCACACACAUCCAACAAAAACACUGUUUGCUCCAUUAGCACUUCUUCAUGUCAUGUACUGAAGGUUUGGUUAGUUUUAUGCAGGUGUGUACGUCAUGCUCGAUGAACUCUGUAGAUGUUUGAACAUGUUAAUGUAUCCGCAACAUAUGCUGUGUUUGAAUUAUUAUCAGAAGCCAUAGAAGGGUUAUGUGUUGUAAAUACUGUAGUCAUCACUCCCGAUGCUUGGGUAGGUCUCAUAGACCUUUUAUGGAGGUUGUAAAAUAUUAUGGGGUUUUUUUUGUGCGCGUGUGUUUUUUUUUUUUGGCAUAAUCUUGAUCACUAGACAUUAUUGCCAAUAUAAAUGUUGAAAGUAAGCUGGGAUCAAAAUGAGAGAGAUUGGAUGUUAAAUUUAGUUCUAUUUUGUACUUAUUAUCAGUUGACCUCUUCAAGUGAGUUUGUGCAUGUGUGUGUGUGUGUGUGUGUGUGUGUGUGUGUGUGUGUGUGUGUGUGUGUGUGAGAGAAAAGAUUUUGACAUAAAUCAGUAAUGUUUGUCAGCCAUGCUGUUGGCAGGAUGCAGCUCUGCAGGACAGAGAGUUGUGUGUGUGUGUGAGUGUGUGUGUGUGUGUGUGUGUGUGUGUGUGUGUGUGUGUGUGUGUGUGUGUGUGUGUCAAAAGAGUGCUUGUGCAUGUUUUUAAUGUAUAUCUUGGUCACAAGGAUAUAAAUAUAUGACAGUUUCGACCCUGUGGAAACACUAUGCAGUUCACCACAAGGAUAGGAAUAUCUGACAGUUUAUCCUUGUGGGGACAUCUGGCUGGUUCCCACAAGGCAAACCAUUAUUUUUGUUUUUUGUUCUUUUGUUUUUCAAAAUAACUGCAGAUUCAACAAUACAAAUGUUUAAUUUAGUGUUUCUGGAGUUAGGGAAGGAUUCUAACGUUGGAAUAACAUUAAUUCGCUGCGUUAAUAAUUAUGUGAAGGUCCCCACAAGGAUAAUAUGACAAAGCUGUGCAUAUGUGUGUGUGUGUAUGUGCAGUAUGUGUGUCCAGGAACAAUGAAUAAAAUUGAAUAUCUUUGCCUAGCUAGGCAUGCUUCUACUAGAUUGAAGCAGCGUAUAGUUAGCCAGCUAUAAACCGCUUCAGCGUAGUAAAGAAGCAUACCUACUUAGGCAAAGAUAUUCCAUUUUAUUCUGUUUUUCUAUUGCGGAUUAGUUGUAUGACAAAACCUAUCCAUCACAGUCGGUUGUUGUGUGUGGCUGUGGCUUGCUCUAAAAGUUUUCUCAUUCCUGACCUCUCAGUCUGGACUGCAUCCAACAACAAUCAGCUUGGAAUAUUACCCCCCCAAAACCAUGUCAGCUUAAGCAAAUACCACGCUGAAAGAUGGUUCCUAAGUGCUUGCUUUCCAAGCACUCCUGAUGCUCAUUAAUGUUGGUUUUUAUGAGGGAUGACUUUAAUUUGCAUGAAUCCAAAGGCAGAGAUCUUUACAUUUAGCAAUACUAGGAAUGUUCAGCAUGUGCUGAGAAACAGUCCGGAAAAACCAUGUAAACAUCAUACUCUGUGAUAACUUUAUGAUUAUAUGAUUUAUUUCUCUCCAUAUUUAGACCAUAAAACUUGCUGAUUGGUUCCAUACUGAACCAAACAAUUGAGGAUUUUUUUUUUCCCGUGCAAAUUUGGUAUGUAAUGUAAUGUAGAAUUAUUUACACUGAGAUGACCUGUACAAGUCAAACAGCUCUGCAGUUUGCAUUAGAAAACGGACUUUUAUGUUUUAUUUUUGUGUUGUAAAAGUGUCACCUUCAUGAAUGUACAGUGCUGCUAUUUACAAUAGAAAGUUGUAAAUGUCAUCUGUGUACAUACACUCCUGCUAGGGAGAUAUGCAUAUUCAAUGUAUUAUUCACCUGUAUUCUAUGGGUCAUGCUGAAUUACCCUGACAGCCGUAUUUAUCCGCUUACUUUGUGUGUUCAUUAGGACUCUUUUAUGUGCCUUUACCAUGUCUGGAAUUUAAAAUAAUAAUAAUAAUAAAUAUGAUUAAACAAGAAAA